GGCGUUGCGGUCUUCGCGAGCUACAGAACGAGCGAAGGGAAUCAAGAUGGCGGACCUCGAAGACGUUACGCUGGACGGGAGGCCGCUCCAUUCGCUCCGGGUAGCGGAUUUGAAGGCGGCAUUGGAAGAGAGAGGGCUUCCGAAAAGCGGACAGAAGAAUGCUCUCAUCAAGAGGCUCAAAGGGGCUCUUAUGUUGGAGAACCUUCAGAAAACCUCCACUCAACACAUUGGCCUGCAACCUAACUCCCGGAUUGGGGAGGAAAUGAGUCAGAACAGCUUCAUUAAACAGUACUUGGCCAAACAGCAAGAGCUUCUGAGGCAGCGUUUGGAGAAGGAAGCACGAGAAGCAGCUGAAACUGAUGGAACAGACCAUGAAGACCACACAGAGGCUAACGCCCCUAACCAGGGUGUUGCUCCCUCCUUAGUUGACCAACACAAAGGAGGAACAGCAGUGGCUGGGGGAUUUGGGGUGAAUGUGAGUGAGAGUGAAGGGCUCAGAGAAAAAGAAACGCCUGGGCAGCCGUCCCCCUCUGCACCUGCCCAGCCUGGCGCAAUAGCCUCUUUGUCGGUGCAGGUUGUUCGUGAAAGAGGACCAACAUCAAGCCAUGUAGCGGCUGACAGUGAUGAUGACAGUGAAGGCGGGGAUGACAAUGAUGAAGAGGAGGAGGAGUGGAAUGCCAGUGCUCAACGGAGUCGUCGAGCACAGCCUCCAAAAAGCCAGCUGGUGAGGGAAAGAUCUGGUGGCUCGCAGCAACAGCAGCAGCCGCCCCCUCAACACAUACCUUUACUAUCACAGCAGCUCAGACAGCCCACUCCUCCCCCAUCCCCUCCUCCUGAACUCUCUUUUCCACUCCCAGACACCCCUAAACAGAGCCCGCCUAGUCCCGGAGAGCCCCCAUCUAGGCAGCGUAUGUCUAGCUCUUCGAGCUCUGGUAGUUCCAGUAGUGACAGUCGUAGCAGUAGCCCUGAACCAGCAGGUGAUUCCACAGAACGCAGACCAGGCCCACUGACCUUACUGGCACGAAAGAUGGCAUCUGAGGGAGCUUUCUCUGGUGCAGGAAAGCAUGAUAGGGAGGGAAUGGAUGGACAGAGAAGCCACCAUGAGGGAGUUGUGUCUGCAAUUACCCACACAGCUAAUGCGGCAUCAGUUUUGUCAUACCCCAGUUCAGUUAUCUCCAACCAAGCGGUUAGUGUCGUUAGAACCGCGGCAGUGGAAGCGAGUGAUGGUAUGAAGCAGAAUGAGGGUGGCCAUCUUUUAUGGGAGCAAGAAAACAAAAAGAGGGAAAGGCAAAGAGAUCAAGAGAGACAGAAAGCCCUAGAAAAGGAGAGAGAGGGAAAGGAGAAGGCAUUGGAAGAAGAGCGAGCACGGGUUUUGCAACAGGAAAGACAGGAAAGAGAAGAAGCUCUAAAACGGGAGAGAGCUUUACAGCGAGAAAGGGAAGAGAAAGAAAAGGCCUUAAAGCGGGAGAGGGAAGAGAGGGAGAAGCUUGAAAGAGAACAAGCAUUGGAAAGAGAACAACUUGAGAGAAAACAAGCUCUGGAACGUGAGAUGCAAGAAAAGGAGAGACUGGAAAGAGAGAGGCAGGAAGCUUUAGAGCGGGAAAGAUUGGAGAGAGAGAGACUUGAAAAAGAAAGACAAGAACGAGAAAAAGCCUUAGAAAGGGAAAGACUUGAGAGAGAGAGACUCGAGAAAGAAAGAAAAGAACGAGAACGAGCUCUAGAGAGGGAAAGGUUGGAGAGAGAGCGGCUUGAGAAAGAACGACUAGAACGAGAACAAGCACUAGAGAGAGAAAGGUUGGAGAGAGAGAGGCUUGAGAAGGAAAGACAAGAACGAGAACAAGCUCUAGAGAGGGAGAGAUUGGAGAAAGAGCGGCUUGAGAAGGAAAGACAAGAACGAGAACAAGCUCUAGAGAGGGAGAGAUUGGAGAAAGAGCGGCUUGAGAAGGAAAGACAAGAACGAGAACAAGCUCUAGAGAGGGAGAGAUUGGAGAAAGAGCGGCUUGAGAAGGAAAGACAAGAACGAGAACAAGCUCUAGAGAGGGAGAGAUUGGAAAAAGAGCGGCUUGAGAAGGAAAGACAAGAACAAAAACAAGCUCUAGAGAGGGAGAGAUUGGAGAAAGAGCGGCUUGAGAAAGAAAGACAAGAACGAGAACAAGCUCUAGAGAGGGAGAGAUUGGAGAAAGAGCAGCUUGAGAAGAAAAGACAAGAACAAGAGAGGCAAGAAAAAGAACAAGUUCUAGAGAGGGAGAGGCAGGAGAAAGAAAGGCUAGAAAGAGAACAAGCUUUUGAGAGAGAGAGACUGGAAAGAGAAGCUGCAUUGGAGAAAGAGAGACAAGAAAUGGAAAGGGCAAAAGAACAGCAAAGGCUGGAGAAAGAGAAGGCUGAAAAAGAAAGACAUGAAAGAGAAGCUGCUCUGAAACGCAAGAGGCAAGAGCAAGAAAGGCUUGAGAAAGAGAAAGCUUUGGAAGAGGAACAGUUGCAGAAAGAACAAGUUCUUGAGCGUGAGAGAGAAGCACAGAGGAAAGCAGAGGAGGAACGAGAGCAAACUUUGGAAAAAGAGAAAGAGGAGCAGGAGAGGGGUUUAAAAGAAGAGCAGCAGAGAGCCUUGGAGGAAAGGGAAAGACAUUUGGAGCAAAAAAGAGUGCAGGAGGAAAAAGAAAAGGCUUUGAACAUUGAAAAAGAGGAAGAACAUGAGAAAGAAAGAGAAAGCUGUCUUCCUCCGUGGAAGCGUGGUCGUGAUAUCAGUGGUCUCUCCUAUCUAGCGGCCGAACCUGCUUCUCAGAAGAGUCCAAUGGAGAAGCCAGACGAGAGUGAGACUGGUGAAUUUCAGAGCGCUGGCAAAGAUGCUCAAUAUACAGAGCCUGUCCCACGAAAGUCACCCACACUUGCAACACCACUAUCCCCCCAAUCGUCUUCAAAGAAGUCCCGCUUUCUCAGAGAUGCUCCUGUGACAACUUCUCUAACUUCAUCUCCGACUUCUGUGCUGAAGAGACCUCGUACUUUCUCAGACAGCCCCAUGCCACAAACCCCCUCAGUUCCAUUAGCAUCUAAGCCUGAGGGAAAAGAUGCCUCCCAGGCUCAUCAAACAUCAGUCCUUGCUUCAGCCUCCAAUGAGCUUGAGAACAAGACCCCUGAGGUGCCUGCCAAACAACAUGCACAACAAGAGGAAAAGAUGGAGACAUCAGAGAAUAGUGAGGCAAGCAAAGAUACUAAACAAAAGCCACUCAGAAGAGAGAAGGAUGAGGAGAAACCUCUUUCAGAUGAGAAGAAAAGAGGAAGAGAGAGGGAAAAGAAGCAGGUGGAGAAGAAAAGAAGAAAAUCAUCAUCCUCCAGUGAGUCCUCCUCAUCAAACUCGGAUUCUGGGUCUUCAUCCUCCUCCUCACGGUCCUCCAGUUCAUCGUCAUCAUCAUCGGAGGAGGAGAAAAUUAAUUGCUCUUCAGGUGAUAGGAAGUCUAAAGAAGUACAGAAAGAGUCUUCAUCUCAGGCCACAGAAAAAGUUGUGGCUGAAAAGCCUCCUACAGCCCAAUGCAAAAAACGAGUCUUCACAAGGCAGGAGGGAAAAGACACGGGCAAAGAGGAAGUAAUCCAAACCAAAAAACCCUGCCUUGAACUACAAGAUGAGAAGGUAACAAGGGGAAGAAAGGCAGAGAUUGAAGAUGAUGACACUAACAAAGACACUGCCAGUGAGGUGAAGGAGGCUGUCAUGGCGGAGCCUGAGAAGGUUCCAGAGAGCAGUGAGGAGAGCACCACGGCAAAGACCUUCUCUGCCCGAAGGAUUUCUCUCGGCAGCAGCAAACAAUCUCCUGGGGUGGUGAGUUCGGAGGGGGAAGCAGAAGCUGCAAGCAGUGCUAUCGCUGGCAGGAAGAGGAGAUGGGGCUCCAGUACAGCUGUCACUGCCAAGAAACCCUCCAUCAGUAUCACCACAGACUCUUUGAAGUCUUUAAUACCAGACAUCAAGCCUGCCUUGGGUCAGGAGGCUGUGUUAGACCUGCAUCCAGAGGAGAUGCAUCUCUCUGGGGAGGAGGAAGGAGGAGAGAGGGGCGACCAAGACCUGAAAAUUAGAAGAACUGUAACACAGGUUGUGCCCUCUGACACCCAAGAGAAUGGACAGAAAGAAUCUAAAAGAAGUGAACAUGAGGAUGAGGAAGAAAGAAGUGAAGGGCAGGAUAGACUUAGCCAGGAGGAAAAAAUUGAAGGCUCGAUUCAGGUUUCCAUGGAGAUGGAGCCAUCAUCCCCUGGGCGAGACAUUGAUAUGAAGACGGUCACUCCCAGUGACACACUCAUUCGCCGUUCCAUUAGCCAGCAGAAGUCGGGUGUGAGUAUCACCAUUGAUGACCCGGUCCGCACAGCCAAACAGCCCUCUCCACCUCGUGGCAAGCUGUCUAACAUUGUCCAUGUCUGCAACCUGGUGAGGCCGUUUACCCUGGGGCAGUUGAAGGAGCUGUUGAACCGCACGGGGACUGUAGUGGAGGAAGGUUUCUGGAUUGAUAAGAUUAAAUCUCACUGUUAUGUCACAUACUCUAGUGUGGAAGAGGCGAUGUCCACUCGUACAGCACUACAUGGGGUUAAGUGGCCCCAGAGUAACCCUAAGUUCCUCAGUGUUGAUUUCUGCAUGCAAGAGGAGUUGGACUUCCACAGGGGUUUGGGUCCAGCUGGAGAAAAGCCAACAGAGGAGCCUCAUGGGGCGGCAGCCGCUGGGCCUGGCCGUCCAAUACCCCCGCCUCUCCUUCCAGAGCGUGAUCAGUGGGCAGAACGAGAAAGGGAAAUGGAAAGGAGGGAGAGAGCACGUGCAGAGAGGGAAUGGGACCGAGAUAAAGUGAGAGACUUCAGCAAACUUGGAGAGGAGCGGGAAGCUGGGGCCAGAAGAUCGCGUUCACGAGAUCGCGAAAGGCGGCGCAAAGAACGGGGAAAGAGCAAAGAGAAGAAAACGGAUAAAAAGGAAAAACUAGAGGAUCCACCUGCUAAACUGCUGGAUGACCUCUUCCGCAAAACCAAAGCGGCUCCGUGCAUAUACUGGCUUCCCCUGACUGAGGAGCUGGCGGCACAGAGGGCUGCGGCUCGUGCCGAGCGCAUGAGGGAAAGAGAGAAGAGGAGGAAGGAGAUGGAAGAGGAGGAUAAAAAACGUGAUGAGGAGCGACGAGAGAGGAUGAAGACCGGCGGGGCCACGGGAGGGGAAGGUGAGAGAGACCGAGACAGAGACCGAGACCGAGGUCGAGAAAGGGAGCGAGAGGGGGAUAAAAGGAAGGAAGGAUACCGCAGGCCUGGUGGAAACAGUGCAAGCGGGAGCAGGAGGUCACGAAGCCACAGCGACCCUCCGCUCAGAGAUCGACGACACUAAGGGAAGUCUGGAACUGUCCGGUUUGUGACCCGUUCCUGUAUGUGCUGUAACAGCUCUAUGCCUACCUUCCUGAGGACCAACCCAGACUUUAUAAAAACACACACAUGCACACACACACACUCUGCUUAAAGACACGGGUGCGCGCACACACACACACACACACACUGGGACCACAGUGGUGCUGUGUCUCCAUGUAGACUCUUCUCGUUGUCUCUUGACUGGGCUUUAAGACUCCUGGUGUUCAUUUCCCACCACAGUGUUAAUGGACUUAUGGUAUUAAUGGGUCGGACUGCAAGACGUCCUCCUGGUUUGGUGACAUUCACUUUAUCCUUCAGUGUAGUGUCGACAGAUCUGAAGAAGUGAAGCUGGGAUCAGAAAGAGAUGCUCUGAAAGCCUUCGGUGUGAUUUAAGUCCUGAUCACUACUUUGCCUCUUGUUUUCCUCACAUUCCCUGUACCUUUUUUGUCUCGUAUUGUCUGCCUUUUACCACACCUUUGCUGUUAGCAGGUUGCCAUGGAGAAUGGGAUGCAUAUUUAAUCUUUUCACAUUUGGUUUUUAAUUUUUUUUAUCGUUUUAGCAUAAAAGCUGACAUUUUGUUUUCUUUAAACAUUUUUUUUGUUUACUCCUGUAAUUGCUGAAUGUACAAAUAAUAAAAAGGUUACGUCUAAGAA